AUUUUACAACACUGACCCAAUCUUAACAUAUUUUUUUUUGUGUGUGGCGAUCGGUUCGUUUAUUAGUUUAAUUGAAUGCUAUUACAUAUGUGCUGCGCUAUUAAAAUGCUAAGGUGUGUGCUAAUGGGCAAUAAGGCUUUGAUUGCCAUUAACUCGAAAACUAAGCUGCAUAUCUAACAGUGCGCCAGGUGCAAAUGGUAAGAAGUUCGUUUGUUUGGUUUUUGUGAGCGAGUGAAAUUGAUGUGCAAAUAAGUGAAAUCGCUGUUGGCUGCCAAUCAAUGGAAAGGUGUACUAUAUAUUUGUGCUUUUGAUAUAUAUAUUUUCUGCCGUUUUUAAGUGCCUUUCUUUGGGCUUACUUUUUUGCUGCUGGUUCGCCCCGCAUUUCUUGACAUUUUAGAAGGAAUAAAUGCUGUUUAAUGUGCUUAAAUAUACUGCGAAUUAAUAGAAGUAAAUGCCGUAUGCCACGUAAAUUUAAUCAAUCGUAAUGCAGCUCAGUUGUGACAUUUUUUCCUGUUUCCCUGGCAACCAAAUCCUUGUACAUAGCAACAACAAAGAGGCCAGCAAUAACACAAUCAGCUGAUCCGCCAGUGCUGAAAAGAGCUGGCAUGCUUAAAUGCAACUGACGACAGAUCCCUUAAGAACGUCGAACGGCGAAGGUAGACGUGCGAAAAUUAUGAUCUUAUCUGGGUAGAAGGCAUAACCAGAGGAUUGCAUGGAAACAUCCGAACUGUGAUACACUAGCCAUAACUAACGGACUGGACAAUGGUGCGAUUGAACAGGCGCCUGCUGCCCAUCAAGGCACAUUUCUUCUUUUUCAUGGCGGCCAUGGGACCCAUACUGCCGCAACUGUCGGUGAUCGGCAAGCAGAUCGGUGUUCCACCGGAUGUUAUGGGCUAUAUUACGGCCGCCUUGCCCCUACUCUAUGUUUUAGCCAAACCCUUGGUGGGUUUCCUAGCCGAUUAUUUCACGAGUCUGCGCAAGUUCAUCUUCAUCUCCCUUAUCCUCAUCAUGACACUGGCCUUCGCCGGAUUCUAUUUCCUGCCCGACAACUCACAUUUCAUUCCAUUGGACGAGGGAAGUGCCCAAUGGAAUGUGACGUUACUGGGGAAUCCAACCGAUUGCAAUGCCAUUAUCCAAUCCUCCAACGCAUUUUGCCAAACCACGCACCAGGCAAAAUGCAUUCAGGAAAAGGAAGCAGGUGAAUUCUCCGCUCUAAUUGUAGCCAACGAGUCGGGCCUCAAUCUCAACCAGAAUCUGCUUCAUGGCAACGAGAGUUACCACAUCUGCCUCACGCAACCUGCAACCAUCGAUUGGAUCAAUGCAUCCUGCGAGGUGCGCCACGUAAAUAGUUGCAUCUAUGGAGCUGGCAAGUUCUGGAUGUUCGUAUGCCUGCUCUGCAUUGGAAUCGUUGGCUUCAACGUGACGAACUCCAUAUCCGAUGCCUGUUGCUUCGACCUUCUGGGCGAUGAGGAGCAGGAAAAGUACGGAGCACAACGGGUGUGGGGCACCAUUGGUUUUGGAGCCACUGCCAUGCUAGCUGGAAUCGUAGUGAACUGGUGGACCACGGAUGCGGUCAAAAGUCUGACGCCUGCCUUGAUCAUCAUGUGCGUGUUCAGUUUGCUUGACCUGUUCAGUGUGUCCAAGCUGAAGCUGCCGAAACUGGGUGGAUCAGAGUCCAUAUGGAGCGAUGUUUGGCAAUUGGUACGCAAGCCACCCAUUCUGGUCUUCCUGUUCUUCGCCACGAUGGCGGGAAUCAUUGACUCCUUCAUCAUAUACUUCAUGUUCUGGCACUUGGAGCAGGUGGCUGAGGCCACUGGUUACAUGCACCAGAUCAAGUUGAUCGAAGGUCUGGUGGUGGCCGCUGAGUGCCUAGCCGGCGAGGUGCCCUUCUUCUUCUACAGCGGAAAGAUCAUCAAGAAACUGGGCUAUGUGCACUGCAUGAGCAUGUGCUUUUUCUUCUACGCUGUGCGACUGUCGCUGAUUUCGUGGAUUCCCAAUCCCUGGUAUCUGGUGGGCGUGGAGCUCUUUUUCCAGGGCAUUACCUAUGCCUUGUGCUACACGUGCAUCGUGGCCUACGCCUCGGCGGUGGCUCCUCCGGGAACAUCGGCCACCGUUCAGGGAUUGAUGGCCGGCAUGGACGAUGGACUUGGCUUCUCGAUCGGAUCCCUUAUCGGCGGACUCAUGUUCAAAAGCCUGGGAGGACGAGAGAGCUUUAAAUACUUUGCCAUAGCCGCCAUUUGCACAUGCGUAGCCCACAUCGUUAUACGUCCCACAUCCAGGAAGAGGCAAUUCCUGCCGAAACAGGGAUAUGCACCGCCCACGGAACAGGAGAUCAAGCAGCCGCCCGCUCAGGAAAUGGAGGAGAUUCGUUUGGGAUAAACAUAGUAACAUCACAUGCCAUUUUUGUUGCAUAUUUUUGUACGCAUUUUUUACGAGAAAAAAAAAAGAAAGACAAGUUGUCCAAAAGUUGAA